AUGGCACAAGGAAAUGAUACCCACAUCCAUGAGUUCAUCCUUGUGGGAUUCCCCACCACUCCAGAGCUACAGGUUCUGCUGUUUGUGCUUUUCCUUGCUGUGUAUUUGCUGACUGUGGCUGAGAACAUCAUUAUCAUCACUUUAAUCAUCACCAACCACCAGCUCCACAAGCCCAUGUACUUUUUCCUGGGCCAUCUAGCUUUCCUAGAGGCCUGCUACAUUUCCGUCACCGUUCCCAAGUUGCUGCUCAACUUGGUGGUGAAGGAUAAGAACAUCUCCUUCACAGGCUGCAUGGCCCAACUCUACUUUUUCAUUGCCCUGGUGUGCACUGAGUGUGUCCUCCUGGCUGUCAUGGCCUACGACCGCUACGUGGCCAUCUGCACCCCCCUGCACUACGCGCUCACCAUGAGCCGCAGGUUCUGCGUGCAGCUGGCCACGGGCUCUUGGCUGCUUGGCUUUCUGACAUCUGUGCUCAAGGUCUUCUUCAUUUCCCAGCUCUCCUUCUGCGGUCCCAGCGUCAUCAACCACUUCUACUGUGACGUCAGCCCACUGCUCAACCUCUCGUGCACCAAGCGGCGAGUUGCUGAGAUGGUGGACUUCAUCUCAGCCUUGAUUAUUUUGCUGAUUCCCCUCUCUGUCAUUAUAAUUUCUUACAUCUACAUAAUCAGCACAAUUUUGCUCAUUCCCAAGGCCCAGAACAGGACAAAAGCCUUCUCCACCUGUGCUUCCCACCUGGCUGUGGUCAUCAUUUUCUUCUCAGCCACCCUCUUCAUGUACGCCCGGCCCAGGAGUAUAAAGUCCAGGGAUCUCAACAAGCUGGUUUCCAUCAUUUAUACCAUAGUCACUCCAAUGCUAAAUCCAUUCAUUUACUGCCUUAGGAACCAGGAGGUAAAGGACACUUUACUGAAGGCCUUGUGCAGCAGGGCUGCUCUCCCCAGAGUUUCUGCAUCCAGUCACUGA